CAGCUCGCGGUGCUGACUGUCGCUCUCCUCCCCUCUCCUCUCAUUCUCCGCCUGACUCCCUUUCGCCUCUCGCGCGCUCCUCUCACAACCUCACUCCUCAACAUGGCAGCAGAAAAGGUCACAGCUUUCGUGGGCAAAUGGGAGCUCAAGGAGAGCGUGAAAUUUGAUGAUUACAUGAAGAAACUGGGUGUGGGCUUUGCGACGCGUCAGAUGGGAAACCUGACCAAGCCCACCACCAUCAUCUCAGUGGAGGGCGACGUGGUGACGGUGAAGACCCAAAGCUCCCUCAAGAACACAGAGCUCUCCUUCAAGCUGGAUGAGGAGUUCGACGAGACCACCGCCGACGAAAGGAAAGUCAAGUCCUUCGUGAAAGUGAGCGACGAUGGGAAGUUGGUGCACGUGCAGAAGUGGGACGGCAAAGAGACCAGCCUGGUCCGGUCCGUGGACGGCAAUGCCCUCACACUGACACUUACGAUGGACGAUGUCGUCUCCACACGUCACUACGUGAAAGCAGAGUGAACCCCCCCCCUUUCCCCCCUCCCUGCGCCCCAAAACCUCCUUUAACACCACUUGAACUGAGCCCAGCUAACCUGGCUGCCCUCUAUGUCCUUCAUACUGUACGCUCAGUAUUAACUUUACGGCUGACUGGGUGCUCCCCGUUUUUUUGUUUUUUUUCCGUUGUGCUGUUCGCGCUUCUGCAAGAGACACUAAAUAAAUUCCAAUGAUUUGUUGUUGUUUAUUUUUUUUCUCUUAAGAGCCCGGUCCAGCUUUGUUUUGUUUUUUUGAAUGUGUUGUGCACGGUGUCCAUGAUAAAACCUGGAAAAGUGUUUUGAUUUGAAAGUUUGCCCGACUGAGGCCUGAAAAAAUGAAAUAAAAAUAAAAAUGUUGAUCCAAUUGGUAAGACAAUGCAAAAUGCUUGGGUAUCUGUUUUUUCUUGAGUUUUACUAACUGGCUGGGAUUAGCAAAGGAAAUGUCCCAUUAUGAUAAAUGAUUAAAUAAUAGAGUCAAUAAAGUAUUGUAACUUAGGCAGAGAUCAGUAGAUAAUAAUGUCAAGUGUUAGUCAGGGAGCCCAAGGUUGCACGUCCAAGUUAUGAGUCUCAGUCUCAGUGGGGAGGAACUGAAAGUAUUCCCGUCCAAGACAUCUGCCUCAAGAGAAAAAAAGGGGCAGAAGAGUUCAGUAUUCACAGUACAGCUACAAGAAUGUCCAAAGAAUUUGACCAGAGUUUCCAUCCCAACUAGUUUUGGAGGGACUCAGUUAAUUAUAGCCCCCUCAACAGAUGUGUGUGUGUGUGUGUGUGUGUGUGUGUGUGUGUGUGUGUGUGUGUGUGUGUGUGUGUGUGUGUGUGUGUGUGUGCGCGCGCGCACACACCUUGAAGUGUGUAUCUUGUCCACGUCCUUGCCCUGGCUUGGUGAGGGGGAAAGUUUUAUUAAGAUGGUAGGUAUGCAGGUAAUGUUAUAUUUUGUACUUGUACAUUUAGUGUUAGUGUGUGCUUUCUAAAUUCGGAUCAUUCCCUUCCCUAGUGGAUUGAUGUCAUCAGGUGUUAGCGACUGACUGCCAACUAGAGCCAGGGUGAAAGGGCUGAAAUAUGCACGAUGUGACAAACUCUGUCUCAAACUCCGUGGUCCAAUAUUCCACUCCAAGAGAGGAAUAUUCCGUGCAGAUUGCAAAAACAAGAUUUGAGUACAGCCUUCUUAAUUUUAAUUAUAUCCCCAUAGUUGUGUUUAGGAAGACAGUAAACACAGAAAAAGAAAGCUGAUGACGUAUUAAAAAAAAAACACUGGAAUCUUUGUAUCUUUGAGAGGUAACGUGAGAUGUCAGCAGGUAGGCAUCAGUAUGAUCCUGCGUCAAUCUACUGCGUGUAGUGACGCGCUGUGUCCACCAGAUGGAGACACACACCGGCGUGUUGCAUGCUACGCUUAUUUACAGACAUUUGGAACUUUGGAUCGCAAAAACAAAGGUAAGACAUUAUUUGUGGUUAUCGCUUCUCAGGUUGCUGGUUCGUGGAGUGACUAAAAUGCUGUUGGGAUCCGCUGAGUCAUGAAUAUGUGGUUUGUGUAGCUAGCAUUAGCAUGAGGUAGCAACAUGGCAUAGCAUUAAGAUACAUGCACCGACAGCAUGUUUCCCCCAUGUGCAUUUUAGUGAAAAUGAGUUGAGCUUUUAGGAGAGAAUGUGUGUCUCGCUGUUUAACCAGGGGCGGUUAAUAAAUGAUAACAUUCAGGUGAUGGAUAAUAUGAAUACAAUUUGGAAAGCUGUGAUUUAAUAAACUAGAUUAUGUUUAUCAUUUCCAAAUCUAUCCAAAAUAAUUUAAAAAGAUUUUAUAAAACCAACGACUUAAAACCCUUAAUGGAAGUAGAAACGUGUCAUAACUCAAGAACGUCAUGUGGAAAAAAGACCCUUCCAGCCCUCCCAAAAUCAACCAUUGUGACAAUAAUUGUACAAAUAUGUAAAAACUGGGAAUUCUCAACUUUUUGUGUCAACUGAGUGUUCCAGUUAUAUUGAAAUUAAGUUUAAUAUUCAAUGCAACACGCUAUCAAUUCUUGCUUGCGCGAGCUCGUUAUUGUGCUGUGUAACUUUGCUGUUCUAACAAUGGGAGAUUUCAAGAAAACUAACGUGCUGUGCCGUGCAAGAGGCAGAUUCCAACAUUCCUUUGUGUUCUCUUACUUGACAAAGGGGGAAACGAUUUUAAAAGAAAUACAAACCGUUAAUCUUUGACCUUAAGGGACAUAACGUGUUGUGUAAAUACUUCAGCUUAGUUCUUGGCACACAUCACCGUUAUCCAACUCCAGGGCUGGACCGAACCCAACCUGAGAAUUUAUAUAUAAUAUACUGUAUAUAAUGUGUGUGGUUUUGUCCCCCACGGACUUGAUUUAAAAAGGAAAAAUUACGAGUUCAAGGUCAAGAACAAAAACAACAACACGUAUCUUUCAUGUUCACAAAUAAAAAUAAAAAAACACCUUUAAUGGAUUUAACAGCUGACGGGCGGGAAGGAAGGUUGUGUGUAAUGCACACAGUCCCCAGGCGGCAAAGAUACACAAACACACGUUGAGCUACACGCAAACGGACAAUAAGCGGCAGCCGACCUCGGGAUCUCAUUGCAACUCGCACUUCCUAUCGUGCUGCACUUACACGUCCUGUUUGUCUCUACUACUUCCUGUGAGUGUGUGUGUGUGAGUGUGUGUGUAGCUUUCUUAAUGUGGAUUAUUGGAAGGAUUUUCCAAUCGAAGGAUUGAGCUUUGUCAUCGUCUUAAUGAAACCUGAUAGCUGUAAACAAUAUCUGGAUUCCAGGAGGCGUUCCACUUGCCCCAAUAAGGGUGACGUGUGUGUGUGUGUGUGUGUGUGUGUGAACUCUGAGCGGCAGCCAGACGUUACUUUAGGACAAGUGCGGCUUGUCACCUGAUUUGUGCUAGCACCAACACUCUUUACUCUCGACAUAUUGUGAUGUUUUAAACUUGACAGGUGGCCUGAAUGUGCUUCCAAUGACAGGAAGGAAACAAGUGGUGAAAACUUUCCUUCACUCAAAUCAAUGAAGGUUUUUUUUGUUUUUUUUGUUAAACAAGCUGUUGUUGGUAAAGAUUACUAAAAGGAAUCACAGCGGGAAGUCUGUCCCUUCGUCUGUUGCUACCCACUUCCUCUUAUUUUGCGUCUGUCUGACAGCUGCAGGUUGUGUGACCAACGACGUGGGUUCGAGUUGAGUGUCUGUCUCAGCUGUGUUUGUGCGAUUUGUGUUUCUUGUGUUUCUUUUUCUUUUUGUCCUCUUUGUCGUGAGUGUGCUCGUGGCGCCUCUUCUUGGUUUUGCAUUCGCCGCUGCUGCUGCCGCCGCUCUCGGACUCCUUCCGCUCCCUCUUCCUCUUGGUUUUCUUCUCCUGGAACAGAACGUACAAGACAAACAUUUGUUUUGUGAAACUCGGAAAGGGACAAUGCAGAAAUACGCUGUAGGAGGCAGAGAUUUUAAACUAAACUGUUAUGUAUCUUUACGUCACAACAAAAAUCCUACUGGACUCCUUUGACAGUUCUCACAAAGCCACGCUGACUCUUACAAUGCAGUUGUUGUUGUUGUUUUUUUUACAUCAGAUGACUCAUAAAACCAGACUGAAAAAAAGGAAGCAAUAGCCACUCGUAAACAUUAACUGUAACAUAACAACCUUCUUUUUCUUCUUCUUUUUGCCUGACUCGAGCUGUGGUGCCACUGAGGAGGGCGGCUGCAGGAGCUGCUGGCGCCGCGGCUCUACGUCGUCCUCAUCAGGUAACAGAGCGUACUGCAGGCCCGGAGCGGAGAAACAGUCCUUUGUAAAGUGACCUGAAAGGAGGCAAAAGGGAUUUCAAGCCAAUGUCCCAGGAGACAUUUGCUGGAAACGGUUACUCUCUCUGUGCAUUUUUGUCUUCCGAGGUGUAACCCUGGGUUGUGUUUUGUCGUCGUACCCUUGCAGCCGCACUUUGAGCACGUCGUGUUGAGGACAGCCUCCAGUGUGAUCCUGUUGCCGGUGUGAUCCCUGAAUUGUCUACGUCGCCUCGCAUCCUGCCUGCAAUCACACACAGGAAAUAAAUCACACACACACACACACA